AUGUCUCAGGAAUGUACGACGUUUCUCAUCGAUUAUUCUGCAUCAAUGCUGGAAUCUACGGCAAAGUUUGAAGCAUACCUGGAGUAUGCUCUCUUUGACAAGGCACAGCGUAGCCGGAAGACUGACUACACGCAUGUGGUACUGGCAAACUGCGCCAUGGAGAAAAAUCCCAACAAUGUCAAGAAUAUGUUUGAGGUAUUUGCCCCUAGUGCUCCCAUCACAUUGAGUUCGGUUGUCAAAAUAUGUGAGCGACUAAAAGCCAUGCGAGAGUUAGACCCACUGGACACCAAGCAGAGUAAUGUAUUCGAGGCUCUGCUAGCAAUAGGUAUGCAGGUCAACGAUAAAUUCAACAAGCGUAAAAUGCUGAAGCAGGUGAUGGUUGUGACCGAUGAUCUGGAUGGCCUGAAUGUUGACUCCGAGGACCUGGAAGUGGUUCAAGCCAACCUAGACUUAAGGCUCAUACUGGUAUACUGUGCAGAGCAAUUCCCAGAUAAUUUCAGCAAAACCAAGUGGGGCCAGCUUUUGGCGCUGAAGGACGGUUCGCGGAUGUUUACUUUGUAUGAAGUUCUUGGCACAAUCGAGCGAAUCACGCACCAACCUGUGAAGCCGGUUCGUGUUUUCCACGGUCAGCUCCGACUUGGGGCGGACAUGCGCAAUUUAGCAGGCUGCCAGCAGGACCCGCAUUGCCUUUGUAUUAAUGUUGAAGGAUAUCCCGCUACAAAAGCUGUGGUCUCGAUGAGCCGCAAGCAGGUUCAGAAAACCGAGGAUGGGAAGUACCUACCGCUCCAAUCCGUUAUCGAGUAUGAGAUACAUGAGCCCACAGAAGAAGAUAAUGAGGAGUACCAUGUGGUUCCAGUUCCGAAGGAACAUGUCACAAAAGCAUAUCGGUACGGCGCCGACUACGUUGUCCUCCCGGAGCUGCUCGAGCACGAACGCCUUUACACGACGACACCAGGUCUUGAUAUCCGAGGUUUCAUCGACACCGGCAAAGUACUGCGUCAUCACUUAUGCAGCGAGUCUGUGUACAUUAUGGCUGACAGUCGUGAGGGUACCGCUGCGGACUACGUUACGUUUGCGGCGUUGGUCGACGCUAUGAUAGCCGCCGAGAAGUUCGCUAUCGCCCGCUACGUGCAGAAAAAGGACAGCGAAGUCCAGAUGUGUCUCCUCUGUCCUCUGCUAGUCGAGCCGUCUACCAAGAAACGACCGGCCGAUGAUGAUGCCGCAGAGGCCAAGCGGGCGCUUGUUCUGUGUCGCCUGCCAUUCGCAGAGGACGAGCGGUCGAGCGACUUUCCCCCGCUGGUCAAACAGGAGCCUGCCGACGUCAUGUUAGACACCACUAUGGCUGCAUUCAUCGACUCCAUGGACAUGGACGCCGCGGCGCCCCCAGCGUCGUGGUGCUCCUCCUCAAAUGUACGUUCUUUUGACAGUUUCAUGAAGGACUCUACCCUCCCGCUCCCAGAUGAUCCCUCGCUCGCUGAAACCAUUUCCGACCCCGCCUGUAUCCCUGCCAUCGCACUUCACCACCAGAAACAUGUGCUGCUGGAGUACUUCCACCAACGUUUCAUCCUGCGCCUGAACAACGGUUUUUCUGUCGCGGAUCUCCGCGAUUCGCUCCGCAGUAAAGUUUCUCCAUGGGCAACCGCAGAAACCUCCGAGCUUGCUGCCCGCAUCAAGGAUACCUGUGCAGUAAAGCUGGUCGAGAGACCGCCAGAAGCCACUGCAGGAGCCUAUGUGGAUGAGGAGCAGGACGAGGCUUCCGAGGUCCCCCCACUCGAAGCAUUGCUUGCACUCGGAAAGCGGAACCCCUGA